CGCUACCGGGGGGCCGGCACGGGGCAACAGCCCGCCCCGCACACGCUAAUGAGGAAGCACGCGUGGGUUCGUGUGUUUGUGUGUUACUCGGCUACCGGCAUGACCGUGGUACAAAAAGCGGCAGAAAGUGCAGCUGGCUGUAUUUUCCUUUUUCGUCCUCUUAAGUUGUUAUUUAUUUAUUUAUUUAUUUAUUCUCUCUGGAGAAAGUGUAAUUAAAAUAACUACCGGUGAGGUAUUCAGGGUUGUAUCUGCUACACGGAUGCUGCCUCCUGCCCCUUCGGCCUUAGCCGGGCCGGUGCACACCUGUGGGAUCACGCUGACCUCAAAGGGGGGGGGGGGAAAUGUUAAAGCGAGUAAAAUCGCCAAGCUUGUCCAGCCGGCUCUGUUUCAUCCCUGGGUUUCGUCAUCCUUUCGCCGUGUUUCACAACAGUGAGGUGGCAGUGCGACCCGCUUGAAUGUUGCGCGUUGUUGGCAUUGCAGUCAUGCCACCGGCAUCUACGAAUGAAAAUACAGCCUUGGGAAGGCUCAGGCAGAAGGUGGAUCAGCUCGGACAUCACUUCUUAUUUUAGUGUCUAUCUUCUUAUCAGCUGCUUUCCUUAUGUUCCUGGUAUAUAAAAAUUUCCCGCAACUUAGUGAUAGUUAAAUUUUCUGUCUGAUUAACUUGCUCAACAAGUUCAGUUUGCAACAGUCCAAUCACUAAGUCUGAUACAGAGGAAGAGAGGACACUCAACUGUGCUGCCCAGGGUUGCACCAGAUUAAGAGAAGAAAGAGAAUGUAUAAAGGUUCCUAGAGAUAUGGAUGAUGCAAAGGCCUUGGGAAAAGUCCUGUCCAAAUAUAAGGACACAUUUUAUGUUCAAGUAUUAGUGGCUUAUUUUGCCACAUAUGUUUUCUUGCAAACAUUUGCUAUCCCUGGGUCUAUAUUUCUUAGUAUCCUGUCAGGGUUUCUUUAUCCCUUUCCACUGGCCUUAUUUCUUGUUUGUCUGUGCUCAGGACUUGGAGCUUCAUUCUGCUAUAUGCUUUCAUACCUAGUGGGACGUCCUGUUGUGUACAGAUACUUAACAGAAAAAGCAGUAAAAUGGUCAGAACAGGUUGAAAGACACAGAGAACACCUCAUUAACUACAUAAUAUUUUUGAGAAUAACACCUUUUCUUCCCAAUUGGUUUAUCAAUAUAACAUCUCCUGUAAUUAAUGUGCCAUUGAAAGUAUUUUUCAUUGGCACUUUUCUAGGUGUGGCACCACCGUCUUUUGUAGCCAUUAAGGCAGGAACAACGCUGUACCAACUUACAACAGCAGGGGAAGCUGUUUCCUGGAACUCUGUUUUUGUUCUCAUGAUUCUAGCCAUCCUCUCCAUCCUACCAGCUGUCUUCCAGAAGAAACUGAAACAGAAGUUUGAAUAAGGAUCAAACUGGACCGGAAUUUCUCAUACUUCAUCUCAGGAUCAGCACUUCUGAUAUUUGUAUAUUUGCUUUUCUAUUGGAUCGUAAGGAAUUAAUGGGGAGGCUUAUAAUUGAUAAGAACGCCGUUAAAUGAACACAUGGCCUAAAAUAGAAGGAACUGUGUUCAGAAAUGUACUGCAUAUAGUUUUGUAACCAAACCAUCAGUGUUUUACUUUGGGAGCGUGCAUCUGGGGGGCCCUCAGGAUGAGGGAAGUGAAAACACAGAUGUAACAUUUUGCUCUGAUUAUCUGCAGAGUAAAAAUUAUUAUGUAGACAUAAACUACAAAUAAUGCUUUCUAAAACUUGCAGGAAAAAACCCUUAAUUAUUCAGUCUGAUUUUGUAACAUUCUCUGAAGGCUUGCACAUGAUCUGGUCUGACUACAUUUCUUAUUAGCAAUAUUUAUUUUUUUUUUUUUGCCUUUUGGAGUUCCAAAAUAAUAGCAUAAUAUAAUAACGGUGCUCACUCAGAAACAAAGGGUUUUUGCAGUACUUUAACUACAAUGAUAUUCUCAUCCUGAUUGUUUACUUCUAUUUAUUAGUGCUGUGUGGUUUUAAAAUACUUGAACCUACAUCUGCUUUACUAACUGGAUUAACAAAGGCAAAGUGUCACAUCAUUCCCUCUUGUCCUCUGUAACGUGUGGUUGUUUUUUUUUUUUUUUUUCCUCUGGAAGAGGAUAUAGGAAGGGGGUAAGCAGGUUAGAAUUUUUAUCAUGACUGGCUGAUGAUUUUGAAGUUCUAAUUUUAAUUUUUUAAUGUUGAUUAUUUUGCCAAUAUUUGACUUGCAUAGAUUUAUCCUGCCAAUUUAAGAAAAUGAUCAUAUGAUUAUAUAAAACUCUCAGUUCUCAAGUGAUUCAAAACCAUAUAACUUUAAGCAGUGUAAUAUUACCAUUUCUCAAGCAAUAUGUAAAGAGUAUAAAAUUUUCCAUUGCAGCUGGAUUAGCUAGAAAUGUCAGGUACAUAAAUUGGUGCAGUUCUUAAAGAGCUGAUUCCAAAUAACGUUUAAAGUGUCGCUAACAGAAGGUUCAUGUGUCAGUGUACAUAAAAUUGAAAGGGUGAUUCCAUUGUCUGGUAAGUCAGUAGCUGUUGAUGGGCAACCAGCUGUGAUUCACCUUUAGGUAAAAGUGCGUAUAUUCACUCAAUAAGGUAUGUGAUACCUCCCCUUGUAUGCUUAUAACUGUGGUAGUUUGUUGUAUUGUCAGUGGAGUCCCAUAAAAUGAGGCCCUGGUCAGCAAGGAACUG